AUGUUUUCGGAAACUCCUUUUGAAGACGACUAUGCCCUUAUCGGCAAGAACAUGAUAGGUCCUUUCAUCGUUUUAGUUAUUUUGUUUUUCAUCAUGCUUCGCACUUAUUUCUACCACCGUCACCUUCGCAAUCAAAGUUUGUCCUCUUCAAGUUCAAACUCUCUCACCACUCCCACCACUUUCACAGAAGAACGUCUUGACCCUUCGGUUCUCAAAUUCCUUCCCAUCUUCACUUACUCUUCCUCCGCCGUCUCCUGUACUCUCCAUGACUGUGCUAUAUGUUUGUCGGAGUAUACGGAUGGCGAUGAAUGUCGUAAGCUUCCAAACUGUGACCAUGUUUUUCAUUCUCAAUGCAUUGACAAAUGGUUUACUUCUCAGUCUAAUUGUCCGCUUUGUCGAACUCCGGUCCAACCGGGGACGGUUGAGUCUCAUAUUGAACUGGGGUCUGCUUCAGGUUCAGAAGAAUCGGGUGAAGGUAGUUCGAAUUUUCCUGAACCGAUUGAGUGUCCAAGAAGACCGUUUAGAGUAAUUGUUGAGUUGCCAUCAGAGGUUUUUCAGAUGAGAUUUCAUACCCAAGGAUCAGAAGUUUUUCGGAUGGAAUCUCAUACUCGAGAAUAA